AUUGACUUUGGUCGAUGCGAUGUUCCGGGUUCUUCUUUAUCUGCUCUUCGGAGUUCAGGUUUGGUCACAUGGUGGCAUGGAAAGGUGUAGAUUUGCAAGUGAAAUGGCAUUCUUCAAGAGCACUUGUGGCAUCCCACUGCCACCAGUCGUUGCAGCGCUAGUAGUAGUAGUGCUGUUCUUGACGGCGCCGGCGGCGGCCGCCUCCUCUGAAGCGUCGGUGUCCGUGCAGCUCGGAGCAUUGCUGGCGUUCAAGAAGGGCGUUGCGGCCGACCCACAAGGCGCGCUGUCCAACUGGACAGUGGGAGCAGGCGAUGCUGCCGGCGGCGGCGGCCUCCCGCGGCACUGCAACUGGACUGGCGUCGCGUGCGACGGCGCCGGCCACAUCACGUCCAUCCAGCUCCUGGAGACCUGGCUUCGGGGCACGCUCACGCCGUUCCUCGGCAACAUCUCGACGCUCCAGAUCCUCGACCUGACGUCGAACCGCUUCGCCGGUGCCAUCCCGCCGCAGCUCGGCCGCCUCGGCGAGCUCGAACAGCUCAUCCUCUACGACAAUAACUUCACUGGCGGCAUCCCGCCUGAGCUCGGCGACUUGAGGAGCCUGCAGAUACUGGACCUCAGCAACAACACGCUCCACGGCGGCAUGCCGAGCCGCCUCUGCAACUGCUCGGCGAUGUGGGCGUUCGGCGUCGAGGCCAACAACCUCACCGGCACAGUCCCUGACUGCAUUGGUGAUUUGUCCAGUCUCAAGAUUCUUGUGACCUCCAUCAACAAUCUUGACGGCGAGUUGCCGCCGUCCUUCGCGAAGCUCACGCAGCUGGAGACGUUGGACCUCAGCGACAAUCAUUUCUCCGGCUCGAUCCCGCCGGAGAUCGGCAACUUCUCGAAACUCAACAUUCUCCAGUUGUUUGGGAACCGAUUCUCCGGCGCCAUCCCGCCGGAUCUCGGCCGCUGCAAGAACCUGACCACGCUAAACAUAUACAGCAACCGGUUCACCAACGGGAUCCCCAGCGAGCUCGGGGAGCUCACGAACCUGAAGGUGCUGCGCUUGAACGACAACUCGUUCUCAUCGGAGAUCCCCCGCUCGCUCGGCCGGUUGACGUCGUUGCUGGUGCUCGGACUGUCGACGAACCAGCUCACCGGCUCGAUCCCGACCGAGCUCGGCGAGCUACGGUCGCUUCAGAAACUGACGCUCCACGUCAACAGGCUCACUGGAACGGUGCCGGCGUCCCUGACAAAUCUUGUCAACCUGACAUACCUCAGCUUCAGUUACAACUCCUUAUCCGGCCCGCUUCCGGCGAACAUCGGGUUGCUCCGGAAUCUUCAAGUAUUAAUCAUUCAAAGCAGCUCGCUCUCCGGUCAGAUUCCGGCGAGCAUCGCCAACUGCACGUUGCUGUCCAACGCGAGCAUGGCGUUGAAUGAGUUCUCAGGGCCCUUGCCGGCCGGGCUUGGACGGCUACAGGGCCUUAUGUUCCUGUCGUUGCACGACAACAAGCUGUCCGGCGACAUACCGGAGGACCUGUUCGACUGCGGCAGCCUCCGGACGCUAGCGCUGGCGGAGAACAACUUCACUGGCGACCUGAGCCCCCGUGUCGGCCGCCUCGGUGAGCUCAGGUUGCUGCAGCUGCAGGGGAACGCUCUGUCUGGGGCGAUACCGGAGGAGAUCGGCAACUUGACGAAGCUCAUCAGCCUGCAGCUCGGGAGGAACCGCUUCGCCGGGCGUGUCCCGGCGAGCAUCUCCAACAUUUCGUCCCUUCAGGAGCUCGACCUGCAGCAGAACCAUCUUGGCGGCGCGCUACCCGACCAGAUCUUCGAGCUGCGGCAGCUCACCAUCCUCAGCGCCGCGUCGAACAGGUUCGUCGGCCCGAUCCCCGAUGCCGUGUCCAACCUCCGGUCGCUCUCCCUCCUUGACCUGUCGAACAACGCGCUGAACGGCACGGUCCCCGCCGCGCUGGGCGGCCUCGACCAGCUCCUCACGCUUGACCUCUCCCACAACCACCUCACCGGCGUCAUCCCCGGCGCUGUGAUCGCGAAGAUGAGCACCCUUCAGAUGUACCUCAACCUGUCAAACAACAUGUUCACGGGCCCGAUACUGCCGGAGAUCGGCGGCCUCACGAUGAUCCAGGCUAUCGACCUGUCAAACAACCAGCUGUCCGGUGGGGUCCCGGCGACGCUCGCCGGGUGCAAGAACCUCGACUCGCUCGACCUCUCCGCCAAUAACCUCACCGGAUCCCUGCCGGCCGGCCUCUUUCCUCAGCUCGACGUUCUCACAAACCUCAACAUCUCUGGCAACGACCUCGACGGGGAGAUCCCUUCCAACAUCGGCGCACUGAAGCACAUCCGGACGCUGGACGUGUCGAGGAACGCGUUUACCGGGGCCAUACCGAUGGCGCUGGCGAACCUAACAAGCCUGAGGGCUCUCAACCUCUCGUCGAACGACCUCGAGGGACCCGUGCCGGACGCCGGCGUGUUCAGGAACCUGAGCAUGUCGAGCCUGCAGGGAAAUCGGGGGCUCUGCGGCUGGAAGCUCCUCGCGCCCUGCCACCACGCCGGGAAGCGGGGGUUCUCGAGGAGAGGGCUCGUGUUCCUCGUCGUGCUGUUGGUGCUGUCCUCGCUGUUGCUGUUGCUGCUUGUGACGAUUUUGUGUAUCAGCUACCGGCGGUACAAGAAGAAGAGAGGGGGCUCUGACGGCGCCGCCAGGUUCUCGGAGACCGUUGUCGUGCCGGAGCUGAGGAAGUUCACUUACAGUGAGCUGGAGGCAGCCACCGGUUCGUUCGACGAAGGAAACGUCAUGGGGAGCAGCAACCUGAGCACGGUAUACAAGGGCCUGCUCGUCGAGCCCGACGGCAAGGUGGUCGCCGUGAAGAGGCUCAACCUGGAACAGUUCCCGGUCAAGUCCGACAAGUGCUUCGUCACCGAGCUCGCGACGCUGAGCCGCCUGAAGCACAAGAACCUGGCUCGUGUGGUCGGGUACGCGUGUGAGCCAGGAAAGAUCAAGGCUCUGGUCCUGGAGUACAUGGAGAACGGCGACCUCGACGCCGCGAUACACGGCCAGGGACGGGACGCGCCGCGGUGGACGGUCCGGGAGCGGCUGCGCGUGUGCAUCUCGGUGGCGCACGGGCUAGUGUACCUGCACACCGGGUACGACUUUCCCAUCGUGCACUGCGACGUCAAGCCGUCGAACGUUCUCCUGGACAGCGACUGGGAGGCGCGCGUCAGCGACUUCGGCACGGCGAGGAUGCUGGGCGUCCAUCUGACGGACGCCGCGGCGCAGUCGGCGACGUCGUCGGCGUUCCGGGGCACCGUCGGGUACAUGGCACCAGAAUUCGCGUAUAUGCGGACCGUCUCGCCAAAGGCAGACGUGUUCAGCUUCGGCGUGCUGAUGAUAGAGUUCUUCACCAAGCGACGGCCGACCGGGGCGAUCGAGGAGGACGGCGUGCCGCUGACGCUGCAGCAGUACGUCGACAACGCGCUCUCGAGGGGCCUCGAUGGGGUGUUCGACGUCCUGGACCCCGACAUGAAGGUCGCCACCGAGGUCGACCUGUCCACGGCGGCGGACGUGCUGAGCUUGGCCCUGUCGUGCGCCGCGUUUGAGCCAGCAGAGAGGCCUGACAUGAACAGCGUGCUUUCAUCCUUGCUGAAGAUGAGUAAGGUCUGCAGAGAAGACUAAGACCUACCGCAGAAAUGCGAAUUGAAGUGUAUGUAUGCAUCGAAAUGUGGAAGAAUCUUUAGUAUCCUGACACUAGAAAGGUGCAAAAUUUGAGAUGUUACAAAGAUGAUCAUUGCUGCUCUUGUUCCACAUGAAUGUCAAAGCCAUAUGGAUUGGCUGGUAUUCAGGAGCACAAAUUGUAGGGUUAAUCUGCUUAUCAGUUAAAACUUUUUGGGGCCUACUAAGCAGUACGGAGGUCUAGAUUCUAGGCUACGAACUAUGCUGAUAUUUUUCCUCGGAAUAGUCUACUGAUAUCAGUCUUGGCCAUACAGCCUGAUGGCAUGGGCCUGAAGUGGUACCAAAAUUUCUGCUUUUGACUCUCAACUUUCAGUGCUGCAACAUACCUGCAUCCGCAGAGCCGCAGAAGAAUGGAAGCUGAAAGAUUCGAUCAAGUUGUGGGGGAAAGGGUAUAUUAUUCAUCUCCUUGGAUCCAAACAAAAGUGAUGAUCACAUCAAACAUAAUAAUGUGAAUUUUCAGAAGCAGAUGUGUCUUUUGAAUUCCUGGCAACAGCUUAUUGGUGGGCAGAAGAAUGUCCCUGAACUCUUCUCUCUCUUCUAAGAUUGCAUGCAGAGAAAAUGCCAGUUUGGUUUUUGCACUGUGUGUGUUUAAAACUUGUGAUUGUAUUCUAAACCUACAAUUAUGCUAUU